CAACAGUCGCGAGCAUUCCAUCAGCAGCCACAGCACCAGCAGCGAGCCGCGCACAACAACAACAUCACCAUCCACAAUAGCAGCAGCAACCGCACAGAUCCGCAGCAUGGAGGAAAAGAAGACGCUCUGGAGGCGCAGGUCGAUCGCCAUCCGCGUUUGCUGAACACAGGCGACGAGGAGGAUCGCUCGUCUAAAACCGGUGGGGAUCGAAUGGGCAGCAGGUACGAGCACUCCAACUUUGGACCAGCGAGCAACAAUAACAACAACAACAACAGCGGCGGAGGCAGCGCGUCCCAAAGCGGGAGCAGCUCAGUUUCUGAGUUUAAUAAUUAUUACGGGAAUGGAAGAGGAGGGCCUUGCUUUGAUCAACAUGGCGGACAACAAAGCCCUAGGACGGCUUUAAUACAUCAGGCACCGGGCAACAUGGAUCAAGUGCAGAACUCCCACGAAGGGUACCAUAAUAAUCCGUACAACCACUAUCCCAACUACCGGCCGGGGUACGGCGGCGCUGGAUACGGUAUGAUGAGCCCGUCGCGGCAGGGGAACAUGAUGGGCCCAGGUACCAAUUCGCCUACUGCUGCUGCUGCUAGCCAUGGCAAGGCUGCUAUGGCCUCGACCACCCCGGCUCCUGGUGCCAAUGUUGGGGGCUUUCAGAGGUUUCCCGGACAAAACCAACAGCACCCUUCUGGAGCUACACCCACCCUGAACCAGCUCCUGACAUCCCCGAGUCCGAUGAUGCGGGGAUACGGUGGCGGCUAUCAAGAUUACAGCAACCAGCCGUCGCAGCAGCAGCAGUCCGGUAUGGGUUUGGGCAAAGACAUGAGCUCCCCGUACAGCCCAGCUGCCAGCCACAGCUGGGCGGCACAACAAAGAAACCACCCGGCAAUGAGCCCCGGGAAUAACGGCAACAGCAGAGCCCAGGUGGCAACUAUGGACCCUAUGACCAUGAAGCGUUCUCAGAUGUAUGGUAUGGGGAACAGUCCCUACUCUCAGCAAGGUGGAACUUAUGCCGGACAGCCAUACGGAUCACCCACUGCUCACCGAUAUCCAAUGGGAAUGCAGGGCCGUGGGCAAGUUGGCAUCGGAGGAAUGCAGUACCCUCAGCAACAGAUGCCAGCUCAGUAUGGGCCACAGGGAAUGGGUGGCUACUGUCAGCAGGGGCAACCUCCGUAUUUCAGCCCCCCCCCAACAACAGUCUGCGGCCCCCUCUCAACCCCCAUGCCGCAGCGAGCUCCAACACAACAGGUAAGCAUUGAGGCUACUUAA